UUUCAAGACUUGUCUUCCCCUACAAUCCAUUCCUCUUUUCAAUCCAUACAGGCCUGAAAAUAAAGCAUUUCUUCUGUUUGAUUUUCAAUUCUUCUCCGAUCAAGAUUCCCUAAUUCAAUUUAUUUUGAUGGCUGCGGUGGCGAGCAAGAUCCCCGGCGGUGCGGUUUCGCCGCCGUUUGUGAAUCGGAAGCCGGCGAUUCACCGUCGUUGCCACCACGGGGUUUGCGCUUUUCCUAAUAGUUCCGGCAAUUCGUUUCCGCCUGUGAAGCUCAGGUGUAUUAACCACGGCCUGCCCAGCUCUGAUUUCUAUGGCCGUGGAGUUGCGGUCGCGCCAAGUGGCGGAGUCGGCCGAGCGAUUUCUUCGAAUGCGCAGAUGAGUAUAGGACUCAAGAGAGCUAAUAAAUGGUGGGAGAAGGGUCUUCAACCCAACAUGAAGGAGGUGACAAGCGCCCAUGACCUUGUAGAGUCUCUCUUAAGUUCCGGUGAUAAACUAGUGGUGGUUGAUUUCUUCAGUCCCGGAUGCGGUGGCUGCAAAGCCCUUCAUCCUAAGAUAUGCCAAUUGGCAGAGAUGAAUCCAGACGUACAGUUUCUGCAGGUGAACUAUGAGGAGCACAAAUCCAUGUGUCAUAGCCUUAAUGUUCAUGUUCUUCCUCUUUUCCGUUUUUAUCGAGGAGAUAAAGGCCGUGUAUGCAGCUUCAGCUGCACUAAUGCCACGAUCAAGAAGUUCAAAGAUGCACUCUUGAAGUACGGGUCAGAGCAUUGCAGCGAGGGGCCUGCAAAGGGCCUAGAAGAGAAAGAACUGCUUGCAUUAUCAAACAACAGAGAUCUCUCGUUCGAAUUCACACCUAAACAAGAGCCUCUCCCUCUCCCAUCACCAGAAGAGGUUAUCGCCGUAGGGGCAAAGCCGUCAUUUCACAGCCCCGAAUUCCAGUUUCCUCUCACCGUUCCCCGUUCGCUAGUUGCAUCUCAAAAGAUCAACCAAGUUGCCCCGUCAAAGUGAUGAUGGGUGGGUGGGAGACUUGGUCCUCCUCCUGUACAGUGCUGGUCUUCUGCUUCUGUGUAAAAUAUGUGUGGUGGCAGUUUGACUGGGGAGUGUUAUUAUUUCCCCAAAAUCACUGUGUGUUUGUGUAUGUGUAUAUAGAGGAGAUGUUUGGAUGUGUUGAUCAUCCCACACCCAAUAUUAAGGGUAAAAAAAUCAUUCCUAGCUUUCCUUCCCUCCUCAUGGUUUGGCUUUUCUCCUUUUUAAGCAGAAAAUAGCCACAAUUAUGUGAUGCAUAAAAUUUGUAGUACCCUUUUUUAUGUAUUGAUUUCCUUUUGAGGAGAUUGCAAAAUUUGUUGGUACCCAUUGUAUUGCUUUCUUUUGAAUUAGGGAUUCCUUGGGGUGUGGAUUUCAUCAUUUAGGAUAUGAAUUUUGUUUCACCCUUGUUGUUCUAUUU